GGGCUUCCAGCUCUGAGGGAGCAGCAGGCCCGGCCGCGCUGGCGAGGGUGAGCCCAGACUGGCCUGGCUGGGCAGCGAUGUCCUGAUCGUAGAAUCGGAAGGGACCUCUGGAGAUCAUCUAGUCCAACCCUGAUGUGAGGCGGCUCCUUCUCCCCCGGGUCCCCUGCUAUCCCAGGGCUUGGCAGGACCCCGGGAUUUCGCCCAGGCUGGUUGCAAAACAGCUGGUCCCGGGGGGGCAGCGGGGGAAGGCUGAGGCAGCCCAAGGUCAGGACAGGCAACGAGGGGAGAAGGCGCCUGGGCCGGGCGUGAUGGCUUGAGCAGGCAUCAGCUGCGCGGAGACACGGUCGGACUUUAUGCGUGAAAAGGACAAAGUUCACAGAAGAAAAGCUUGGUCAAGCAGAGAAGACUGAACUGGAUGCUCACCUGGAGAACCUUCUCAGCAAAGCAGAAUGCACCAAAUUGUGGACAGAAAAAAUAAUGAAACAAACAGAAGUAUUAUUGCAGCCAAAUCCAAAUGCCAGAAUAGAAGAAUUUGUCUAUGAGAAGCUGGACCGCAAAGCACCAAGUCGCAUGAAUAAUCCAGAGUUACUAGGCCAGUAUAUGAUUGAUGCUGGGAAUGAAUUUGGCCCAGGAACAGCAUAUGGAAAUGCACUCAUUAAAUGUGGAGAAACACAAAAGCGCAUUGGGACAGCAGACAGAGAACUAAUUCAAACUUCUGCUAUAAACUUUCUCACUCCCUUAAGAAACUUUAUUGAAGGAGACUACAAAACUAUUACUAAAGAACGUAAACUGUUACAAAAUAAAAGACUAGAUUUGGAUGCAGCGAAAACCAGAUUGAAGAAGGCAAAAGUUGCAGAAGCUCGAGCUGCACAACUAAACACCUCUCAGCCUGAAGAGAAUAACAUUAUGGUAAAUGUCUCUUACGUGCUCAACUUGCUGCAUGUAAAAUGGCUAAAGAUAUGGGCUGAGGAAGUGACGAAAUCUGAACAGGAAGUACGAAUUACUCAGAGUGAAUUUGAUCGUCAAGCAGAGAUUACCAGACUUCUGCUGGAAGGAAUCAGCAGUACACAUGCACAUCAUCUUCGCUGUCUGAAUGAUUUUGUUGAAGCUCAGAUGACCUAUUAUGCACAAUGUUACCAGUAUAUGUUGGAUCUCCAGAAACAACUUGGAAGCUUUCCAUCUACCUUCCUCUCUAACAAUAAUCAGUCUUCCUCAACUCCUAUGCAGAGUGUUUCUACUCCCUCAGUCUUGGCCUCAGCCUCUGCUUCAUUGCCUUCAGUAAGCAAUUCAAUAGUUACUUCAGGCAUCAGUGAACUGAAGUCAUCGAGUGGCAGCAGGAAAGCUAGAGUCCUCUAUGAUUACGAUGCUGCAAACAGCAGUGAAUUAUCACUACUUGCAGAUGAGGUGAUAACAGUGUACAGUAUCCCUGGCAUGGAUUCAGACUGGCUGAUGGGUGAAAGGGGAAAUCAGAAAGGCAAAGUGCCUAUUACUUAUUUAGAACUGCUAAACUAAAUGGUUGGCCUGAAUAAAGACUGUCAAUUAUGGCAACACCAUAUUUAUAUACAAUUAACGUUAUGUAAGCAGGUUUUAAGUGUCUUCCAUGUUAUUGUCUUGAGGGACAAAUACCAGCCAUUACAAACUGGCUUUUCUGCCAGCAUGGUUGCAUGGUAAAUAUUCUAUUCAAACUUAAUGUGUUUAAAGCUUUUACUUCAUGUGCCAAGAACAUGUUUCCUACAGAUUUGUUUCUACUGAAGUUUUCACUAAUACAAGCUUCUACUUUUGAGUAAUCUAGAUUGAAAGCAGGAGGUACUGUUUUCUACUGAAAUUUUUCAUUAAUGGCAAAGCUUUUCUUCACAUAAAAUAAACUUAUUGUGAACUGAUGAAGGUGUAAUGCACGUUAUUUGAAUAACCAAAACCAAAUGUGAAACAUAAACCAUAAAGAAGUCCAUACGGUUCUGUUCCCAACACCUGUGGAGUACAAAUGUGCUGAGGCAUAUAUGGCUAUCUGCUGAGUAACUCGUGCAUUUAAUCACCUUUGAAAAAUGGAAAUGAAUGUUUUCUCUCUGUUGAAAAUUUAAGGCAAGUUGCUAGUAUGUUGAGAUUUUAAACUGCACCUAGGUGGACUGACACAAGCUAGUGACAUAAGCUCUGACUUGUUUUUAAUCUUGCCUUGUAUUUUUUUUCCCUUUAAUUGCUUUCCAGAAAAGAGGCUAAUUCAGUUUGAUUAGUAAUUAAGAUUCUUUCAACUGCAAAUCAGUCUUUGUGUUAAAUUAAGCACUACAUUUUGCUAACUAAAUAUGCACUGUCUCUCUACGUAUAAGUAGUUCUAUAGAUGAGCAUCUAUUUGUUCAGAUUAUAGAUUUUAAUGAAAACAUGCAUUCACAAUUCUUAUGCAGCAGUUUAUUGUCGUGUUCUAAUUGGAUUCAAUUAGCAUUACACUUUUUCUGUUUUGCAAGAGGACCUCCUUUAAAUAUGUGAGAAGGAAAAAAAUAUUGUUUGAACCUAAAAAUCGCUUUAACUAAGGUAGUAUUAUUUGCAAAUAACAUAAAUUUUUCCUAAACGUUGCACCCUUUAAUGUUUCAUAAAUAGCAGAUUUUUUUAAGGCUGUAAAAAGAUUAAAAGGAUAGAUUGAAGGGAAUUUUCUUUUUCUUUCUUUUUUUUUUGAUGUUCUAGUAUAUUUAUUUAAUUGGGUUUUGACUGGUGGAAGGAAAUUCUUUACAUUUAGAAGAUUAUUCUCCUUGCAGAAGAUGCAACACUGACAGAAGUACACUUUAGCUCUCAGAACACUGGUACCAGGUGCUUAGCCUAACUGCUUCUCGUCGGCAACUUUGUUUGUUUGCAAUGACAAUUCUUUAAAGAAUUUUUGACAUUGUCAUUGCAAACAUAGUGAUGAAACUUUGUGAUACAAAUUACUUCAGUGGAAUGGAUAAAAUUGUACUCACUUAGGUGAUGUGGUUGUUUAAUUAAAAAGUGAUAAUUUUUCCUUUGAAUUGCA